GAAGACACUGACAACCGAAAACGGUGCAGGUAAACGGCUGUAUCAAUUGCUAACAAACAUGUUUGGAUUCUAACAAAAGUUUAAACCACGAAAAAGUUUUGUAUUGUGAAACUAACUGAAAAAUAUAUACUAACUGACAACAAAGAUGGACGCGGACGAGUCCUUAGUGAAAAAGCUGAGAAAUGAGUUGCCUGACCAGUUUACCUCCCUUGUCAAGAUGCACUUGUCCUUUUGCCUGGAUCAAUCCACAGAUGAAGUUGACUGUUUGACUCCUCAAAGUAAGAUAUCUGACAAAAAAUCCAUUGCGAGCAUCAAAAAGACACGCUUGCCAAAGCAACAAGGCAUGGUGGAAGGAAUAAAACAUGCUUCACAAAUUCAUCAGCUUAUAGAUUACUUGUCGAAACCAUCAAGCUUAGUUCAAGAAGGUCUAUUUAGAAGGAAUGGAAAAAUAAAGCAACAACAAGAAUUAAUGAAUCUAGUAAAGGAAAAAAAAGCUUCUGAAAUAACUUCAUUGCUUGAGUCUAAUGCAUAUUCAGUACAUGAAGUAGCUACAGUGCUGAAAAAUUUAUUAGCAGAUAUGCCAGAACCUUUGUUGAUCGAAAGCUAUUACCCAUUCCACUGCUGCCUUGCCAAACUAAAUCAUCAGGAAAGGCAAAUUAAAGGGUGUCAAUUACUUGUUCUUCUCUUGCCAAAUGAGAACGCAGCGAUCCUCCGCCGGCUUCUGACUAUGUUGCACGAAGUUUCGUUGCAUGAAGAUACUAACAAAAUGAAUGCCAUGAAUCUGGGUAUCGUUUUGGCCCCGCACAUUUUAUGUCCACGAAAAAUGUCGGCUGAAGAUCUGACAUCAAACGCUUCGUCUUUGGCGCAUAUUGUCUCGUUCAUGAUUGAGAGAGCAAAAGUUUUGUUUGACUUACCACCUGAAUUUGUCUCAGACGUUCGCCUCCACUUCAAGCGGGACAACGAGGAAGAUUCUUCGAGUACGUCUUCCACGCCACCCGUUAAAACCACCAUUACCUUUGUGGAUAGGGAAAUGACUGCCAAAGUUGUGGCAGAGGUUGGGCUUGACCCUACUGAAGCGGCUUUAGCUGAGUUGUAUGCUUAUGUCCAGUCCCAGCCAGAAUCUGAGAUUAAGAAAAAGUGGGUUCACAAGUUCAACAAAGAAAAUGGCUGUGGAACGCCAAAGGUUAUCUUAAAUUCAAGUAUCAGUGACGCGUGUGCCAAGAAUUGCAAAAAUUUAUCACAGUCUAUACGAAAACAUCUUUUUAACGGAGCUGGCGUGUCCCCGAAACGACGACGAUCGAAAUCCACAACUCGUGCUCAUGCACUUUGUUACUCCGGUGAAACUUCCCCACCCGUUCCCGAAUCGACGGCUUCGAGUGACGACUGUAAAUCACCUAGCUUAAAGUCUGGUAGACUAUACCACAGCAGUCGCCGGAGCCUGCUGGAAUCUACCCCUACGUCAUCAGAUUUCAUUCGACACCCAGCUUUUACCAAACAAGCUAACAGUGUUGGUUCACAUCCACUGGGAGCUUUACAUUCUGAUUUGACCAAAGAGAGCAAUAUUCAUCAAGACCAGGUCAUUUCUCCCUUGACCCAAUCUGCUCAGCGCUUCCCAUACUAUGUCAGAGACUCCAUUAUGACUCCGCGCUGCCGGAAGCCUGUAUUUACGUUCUCUCCAAUUGAUGAGCCUGCCGACGAUCUCGUACCGAACUCGGAUGCUCUGCAAUUAGCUAAUAUGAAUCUGAUUCAUCCUCCAUCAUCCAUACAGGACACUAAUCAAAUCACCAAUAAAUCAACGUGUUCUUCGUCAGACAAGGAAAAUUCAGCAGAGAUUUCAGAUGAUUCUGACAUAAGCCUGACAGACGACUCAGAAAAUUCGAUUAUCUCUGGAUGCGCUUUUAUCAAAGAAAGCCGAGGGCAGUUGACUUCACCUUUCAAGAAAUACUUAAUGAAUCGCGAAAUGCAGGUUUUUGACGAAUCUGGCCUAGACGGAGAUGACGCAGAAUUGUCAAGAACUGGCCCGUCACUUUUGGGGUCUGAGAAAGCAAUCUCCGAGUCACUGCUGGAAUUCUUGGAUGGAAAUGGACAAGAUUCAGACAGUUAUCCUCACUCGUCUCCAUCACGCCCAUCUCCACCCAUGACCAAGAGUAUUUUAUUUGAAACAUCUCUCUAGAGAAACACACUUCAUUAUUUUCUGAUUUUCCCCAUCUAGAUACAACCGACUUUUAAAUCCUUCAAAUGCCUGUCCUUUUAUAAAAAAAACAUCUGUUAGCCAGAUUAACACGUAGUAGUGAUUGAUUCUUUUCGUUUUUAAAUCAGAAAAAACGAUAUUUCCAAUAAAAAUGUUGAACGUUGA